CCCAAUAAACAGCUUUCCAUGCCUCGUCGUCCACGGCAUCUGCGAUUACGCGGACUCGCACAACAAGAGAUGGCAGCCGUACGCGGCGGGGAACGCGGCAGCGUAUGCAAAGGAGGUGGUGUUAGUGAUCCCGCUAGCCGAGAUAGCAAAGACGCACACGGUGGACAAGGUCAUCCGAGAAGCGAACGCUCAACCGACCUACUGUAUCCCUUUUCUCAAGAAUCGACACUUCGUUGGAAGGGAAGAUGAGCUUGACAUGCUGCAGCAGAGGCUGAUGGUGGACCAAAACUGCCAGAAGAUGUCCAUUGUAGGGCUUGGCGGGACAGGCAAGACGCAGGUUGCGCUGCAGUUUGCAUAUACCGUAAAAAAGACGUGGUCAGAGUACUCUAUCUUCUGGUUGCCUGCACUGAGUAUGGAGAGUUUUGAGCAGGCAUGCGCAAGCAUUGCAAGAGCGCUACGCAUACCGCAGGCAGUAGGCGGGGAAGAGGACGUAAGGGAGCUAGGCGGUGGUUAUUAGUGGUUGACAAUAAUGAUGAUCCUGACAUCUUCUUCGGAACUCUGCGGUCGAAGGGCAUCGUCGACUACCUAACAGAGAGCGAGACGGGCGUAGUCGUGUACACUACGCGCACUCCGGAGAUAGCUGAAAUAACACGCGGCGAUGCCAUAGAGCUCGGGGCAAUGAACCGACAGGACGCAGCCGCCUUUCUUACAGAGUCGUUGAGAAGAGAAAGCCUUCUUCGCAACGAGAGAACGACAAAUAAACUGCUAGACGAGUUGAUGUGCCUGCCACUCGCCAUCGCGCAAGCAGCUGCCUACCUAAACAGAAAUCGCAUAUCCGUCGCGAACUACUUGCAUCUGCUUCAGGAAGUGAGAUGA